AUGGAGGGCCCCACGACAUCCAUGCGGCGCAUGAGCCAGAUGGUUCUCAAGGACAACGACACGUCCCGGCCGCUCUCACCGCCACCAGCCUACGCACCCAGCGGGCCCAUCAACCUGCAGACGCUGACAGCCAGACAACUGGAGCGGUCGCGGACAACGCACCCCCGGCCCGUGCUGGUGGACCGGUCUCCCUUCACGACGCUGCUGGGCGGGUCCGCGGCGGCCGAGGACGAGGGCCCCGAGUGGGAAGAGGGCCUAUCAGCCAUUAGCCUACACAUCAACACGUCCGUGACCGUGUCGAGCGACAACAACAUGGUGUGCCUAGCCGACACGCCGGCCAACCACGCCAACGCCAUCGCCCACGCCGUGGUCAAGGCGCUGCAGGAGAGCAGCUCGGGCCAGUGCGGCAUCCCCAUGAUUGACGAGGAGGGCCGGCCACGCCCCGUCCGGAUCCACGUCGACGCCGGCCUGACGGUGGGGGGCGCGGGCAACGUCAUCGGCAACGAGGCGGUGGUCCAGGAGGCGGCUCGCCAAAGGGGCGGCGACUUGCUACGGAGACGGAGGUCGCAGAGCGACGACGACGACGACGAGGCCAGCCCUGCCAAGCGCAGACGGGGCAGCCAAUGA